CACAAAACCCAAACAGAAUAGGGCUAUGUACGACUGGUGACUUUUCCGACAUACGUUUCACUAGUUAUGUUACUUAUAAAGUUCAAGCUUGAACCAAGUCCAAGUGUGAAACCAACCACAAUGAUCAAUAACCUUUUAAGAAUCCAUCUCCAAUCACCUACUAAGCUUUCACUUCUUUUUGUCUCCAUGUUCACCUUCUUCUUCUUUCUGUUGAUCCCUUUUGCAACCCCUCUGGAAUUCAGUCUCCCAUCCAUAACACCGGACAAUUCAUUGGCAUUCAACUCCAUAAACACUACCGGAGAUGCUUACAUCUCCGCCAAUGGCAUCCAACUCACUCCAGACCCAAAUGACUACACCAACACUUCAUUUCUCCAACACAAGAUUGGCCGCGCGACCUAUUUCCAACCCCUUCACUUGUGGGACAGCGCCACGGGAGAUCUCACGGACUUCAGCACGAAUUUCUCCUUCCUGAUUCAAGGAGAAAACUACGGCGAAGGGAUUACCUUUUUCCUUUCUCCUAAUGGUUCUAACAUUCCACCGGACUCGGGUGGCGGUGGACUUGGCCUGGUUAAUGAGAAUGGAACAUCUACGUUUGUUGCAGUGGAAUUCGAUACUUAUAGAAACACAUGGGAAACCAGUUUUCCCAUCAAUCAUGUGGGUAUAAAUAUCAACACUAUGAAGUCUGUGAAAAAUCAGUUUUGGGAGAGUGGUAUUUUUUUUGGGAAAAAAAAUGAAGCCCAGAUAAAGUAUGAUUCGAGUACCAAAAACCUUAGUGUUGCAUUCACUUAUUAUGAGAAUGAUGGUGCAGUUUUUAAGAAUCUUGAUUUCUUAGUUGAUCUAAGAGCUCAUUUGCCAGAGUGGGUUACUUUUGGUUUCUCUGGUUCAACGGGGUCGUCCUACGAAAAAAAUAGCAUCCAGUCAUGGGAAUUUUCCACUGCCCGUUUAGGAAUCGACGAUGGAGGAAAAGACGCCGGGAAAGGGGCGGACAAGACGGGAUUGGUCGUGGGAUUGAGCGUUGGUUUUGGUGUGUUGGUUUUGAUUGGUUUGAUUUUUUUAGGGUUGUGGAGAAAAAGUAGAGGGAGAAAAAAGGACGAGCCAUUACCAAUACGAGAACGAUCAAUGGACGAUGAAUUCAAAAGGGGCACCGGGGCUAGGAAAUUCUCUUAUGAGGAAUUGGAGAUAGCGACGGAUAAUUUCUCGGAGGAAAGGAAACUUGGAGAGGGGGGAUUUGGCGGGGUUUACAGAGGAUUUCUAAAGGAAAUGAAUUCUGAAGUUGCUGUUAAGAGGGUGUCAAGUGGGUCAAAACAAGGCCUAAAAGAGUACACAUCGGAAGUGAGAAUCAUCAGCCAGUUGAGGCACAGGAACUUGGUGCAACUCAUGGGUUGGUGCCACGAUAAAGGCGAGCUCUUGCUAGUUUACGAGUUCAUGCCUAAUGGAAGCCUGGACUCUCAUUUAUUCAAGGCGAAAAGUUUGUUAACUUGGGAUAUAAGGUACACAAUCGCACAAGGCCUAGCCUCAGCAGUGUUCUAUUUACACGAAGAAUGGGAGCGGUGCGUGGUGCAUAGGGACAUAAAAUCGAGCAACGUGAUGUUGGAUUCAAAUUUCCAUGCCAAAUUGGGAGAUUUCGGGCUAGCUAGACUGGUCGACCAUGAGGAACAGGUCGAGACCACCGUUGUGGCGGGGACUAGAGGUUACAUGGCUCCAGAGUGUCUUAUCACAGGAAAAGCUAGCAAGGAAUCAGAUGUCUACAGUUUUGGGGUCGUGGCAUUGGAAAUAGCAUGUGGGAGGAGGCCCAUUGAGCCGAAUGCACGGCAAAAUGAGGUCAAAAUGGUGGAUUGGGUGUGGGAACUGUAUGGAAAUGGGAAAAUUCUCGAGGCAGUUGACCCGAGACUAGGCGUCGAAUAUGAUGAAAAGAUCAUGGAGUGUUUGAUGGUUGUUGGGCUCUGGUGUGCGAACCCAGAUUGGGUCCAUAGGCCCUCCAUCAGGCAAGCAAUUCUGGUGCUGAAUUUUGAAGUUCCAUUGCCUGUACUUCCGGAGAAAAUGCCCAUGCCGACGUCUUUUGGUCCUCAGGGAAAUUCUUUCGGAUCUUAUGCUAAUUCAUCGUUCUACGCAUCCGGGAGCAGCAGUCAAGUACAGUCUUCUAGCUAUAGUGGCAAUAGCAAUAACAGUGUUGCAAAGUCGCUGCCUUCUCAUCCUGCUCCUGCUGCUGUUUCUUUUUCCUCUCCCCACGGGAUUACAACCUAAGUCGAUCAAGUUAGAAAUUGUUCCUGUUUUUUUCCCGUUGGAUAUGUAUUUUCUGUUUUUCUUUAUUUUUCUUUUGCAUUAUAUGUCGUAUUUUCUGCUUGGUAUUGCUGUCGUUUUGGGAUUUUGUUUUUCGUGGUUUCAGAUGCAAUGACUAUGAAAUGUACAAAACACUCGACGUUUUCAUUCUUGUGUGAAAUAGUUUCCGACGUCUUGGUGUUUGCCCGAAA